ACUGCGCUACUUUGCAAGUUGUUUUGUCUUGUGGCUGUUCUCAGGGCUCUGAAGCAGUCAGGACCAGGAGAGAGAGGGAAAGAGAAAGAUGAGCAGAUGAAUUCAUGCACAUAUAGUAUUGCUGUGAAGUCAACAAAGCACAGCACAGAGAUUUACAUACAUCCAGAGAGACUGGACAUUCACUCUUCAGAGAUGAACAACUCUACAGUGAACUUUUCCAAAUAUGGAACAAACUCCACAACUCAGUCCUUUGAAGUAGUGACCAUUCUGGACAUAUGUGUGUACAGCAUCCAUUUCUUGUUUGGCCUUCUGACAAACUGUUACGUUUUAUGGCUCAUCAUCAACAGAGCAGGAGGUGGAAUUGCAUCAGAGUUCUUCAGGAUCAAUCAGUGUAUUUGUGAGAUUGUUUUUUGCCUGAAUUCCUUGUUCUGUUUAAUCUGUUAUGAUUAUCCUUGGCUUUCAAGACUCUUGGAAUUAACAUGGUUUUUAGUAGGUCUAGGCUUCACUGGUCGUCCUCUGUUUCAGAGUCUGAUCUGUGUUGAGCGUUACCUGGCAGUGGUUCAUCCUGUAACAUUUCUGAAGUUCAAACCUCUCAGAUAUAGAGUGAUCUGCUGCACUGUGGCCUGGAUAAUAACCCUUGGCUCUUGUUUUUGUUCUGCUGUCUGGCUGUUCUCAGAGCUCUGA